AUGCCCUUGCACUUUGAAACGCUCUUGAAGGGGGGCAAGGCACUUUGGGGUGAUGAUGCAGUUGUAGCCGUGGAGCAGCCUGGAGAGUCGCGCCCUGCAACUGCAACAGGUGAAACGCCCGUGCACGCUGCGGGUAGCUCGGCCACACGCCCGAGCAAUCGCUACAAGCACAGGCGAGCCGCCAGCUGGGCCAUACUGAGUACGGUGCUUGCCCUAACAGUCUUCGGAGCAGCACGGCCUCUUGUCACGAGAAGGGCUACAUCGCGGCAGAAAAUGAGGGAUAAGGUAUCCCUCGUCCACCAUUUGCUGAGGGCGUCAGAGGAAGACCAGCACAAGGGACAGCGACAAGCAUCGCUGUUCCCCUCCCGCAUUGACCCGGGGCACUUUGCCAGUUUUGAGCAAGGAGGCGAGCUCUCCGAGUUCUCUAGUCCUCAAGAAGACAGUGGAGGAAGUGAAGUAUCGGAGGUCUCUAGCCCUGAAGAGGAGAAAAAAAAUUUCCAGCCUCCAGCCUGGACGUCCGUUGACCAUGUGGAAAAGAUACCGUCCGUGGAUGAGCCUGAGGGUAACACUUCUGUAAAGACGUUGCGAGCGCAAAAAACUGUUGCGGGAGUUGCCGAGGCACUGAUUAAGAGUUCUGCUCAGCGGCCCCUUGAAGCUAUUCUUACCCCUGCGCAGGUACGGAUGGCAGAAGCCGUGGCGGAAACGCUAUCAGGAGGAGCCACGCGAAAUCUUAUCGGCUUGAAGAUUCACCUCAGCAACUUGCUGCCUCUGGGCCAGCCCGUCGUUCCCGGCGAGUUCAAAUCCCCCCUGAAGAUCACGCGCAUUGUGGGCUCUGGAGUGUCUAGCCUUCUUGUUGAAGCUCAGGACCUUGCAGCGGGCAGAUAUGUCACGCUCCGCGUGCAUGUGUGCGCAGCAAAGGAAAGCCAGCUGCUCUCCGUGGAGGCAGCGAACUUGUGGGUAGACCAGGCUAUAGAGACAAGGGGCUUUGUUCUCGCUUGCGCAGGAACCCCAGCGGUGCUGGCUGCAAACCUGCGGGGCCUACUCGUGGCAGACCACGUAGGCAACCUAGGUAAUCUACCCCCUACUGAGUCUAAAAGCACAACUAUGGUGUUUCAGCGUGUGGAUCUUUACGGAAGGUUGCUAACUGACCUUAGGGGCGUUGUCUUUGCUUUGCAAGCACCUUUGUGGGAGAUCGCGCAAGCCAAGGAAUACAUCGCGCGUCGUCUUCUUCUCCAAACGUUGCAUUUGCACGAGGCUGGAGUAAGCCACAACAGCCUCACGUGGAGCAACUUUUUCCUUAACGAGGAUGGCGAGUUUUAUUUGGCUGGAAUGGAUGCAGCAGUGAGAAUUGGGGAACGGCUGCAUUCGCGAGCGCAGUUGGAAGUUCGUUACACCGAACCCCAGCUCUUGUCCCACUACAAGAAGUCCGUGACGGAGGGUGUGGCUGCUUUUCCGCAUGAAAAGAGUGACAUGUGGAGUCUAGGAGUCCUUCUCUAUGAGCUAUUUACUGGUGAAGCAUUCAGCAAACGACUCAGAAACGAACUCGUUAAUGGCGAAGUGUCCAGUUCCGAGCUAGCGAGCCGCUUGGAGCAGACAAGCGCCAGCCCCAGGUGGCAGCAACUCACCCUUGAAUUGCUCCAACCAGAGAGAGACGAUCGCAUUUCAGCCGAAGAGAUAUUUAAUUAUUACGGGGACCUCUUUCAGAAAUACUGA